AAUGAAAUAAAUGGGAUCAAAAGAUAUCUUAGUUAUCAAUGAAACCAAUUCACAGAUAUUUGGUGAAAAAUAACAUCGAAACUGAAAAUGUAUCUGGAAACUCCCAUAAGGCUUUGCACUCGCAGGUCUCAGACACAUCCGGUUGCAGUGUGCAGUGGUGAGCCCGUGAAAGAAAAUCCGCCGAAAAUGGAUUUACCUAAGCCACCCGAAGAUCAAGACCUGAAAAAUAUCAUAGACAAGCUUGCACAGUUUGUUGCAAGAAAUGGACCAGAAUUUGAAAAUAUGACAAAAAAUAAACAAAAGGACAAUCCAAAGUUCUCCUUUCUCUUUGGGGGAGAAUUAUUUAACUACUAUCAAUACAGGGUUACAUCGGAGCAAGCAAUCAUCAAUCAACAAAAGCAGAAACUUGCCCAACAACAACAACAACAGCAGCAGCAACAACAGAUGAUAGUGCCACCACUGGUGUCUCUGCCAGUUGUCCCGCCUCCUGUCAUUCCACCAGGACCAUGGCAACAACAGGCACCGCCCCUUUCACAGCCUGGCCAACCAUCACCACAGAUACAGCAGCUGAUGCAGCAAAUACAGCAACAGCAGCAGCAUGUUCAAGAACAAAUCAAACAGAGUGAACAAAACCUGGCUGCCCAGUACCAGAGUCUUAUACAACAGCAACAGAUGCAGAUAGAGGACGCUAUCCAGCAGUCUCGUGAUGAGACGCUCCUCCAGUUGAGCCGCGAGUGUGAUAUCAGACUGGAGGACCUGGACAAGAUUGUCACCCCUGUCAUUGAAUCCUGUACAAAGGAUGCUAUAUCUGCUGGGAAAAAUUGGAUUUUUGUCCACAACACUUCAAAAGCACAUGCAGACCUUAUAUCAUUAUACUUAUUGAAGAGGAUAACAGACAAGAAUGCCACAUUUGAGUGCCGCUUGUACCUUAUUUAUUUGAUUAAUGAUGUGCUGCACCAUUGUGCUCGAAAAAAUGCUGAAGAGUUAAAGAAAUCCAUUGAAUCAGUUGUAACCCCCAUAUUCUGUGCUGCACACAAUGGAAUAGAUAGUGAGAAACAGCAGAAAUUAACUAAGUUACUCACAAUUUGGGAAAAUCAAAAAUAUUUUGAUCCAGCCAUUAUGGAGCCACUAAAGCAAUUGACAGACCCAGCAUCAGCAAUGUCAUCAUAUCAGGCCAGUCUUAUCAAAGACCACUCGGAUGUUGUCAGCCAGAUCACCUCGGCCAUCCAGUCCCAGUAUGCCUCCCUACAGAAACAACAUCAGGACUUUGUGAACCAUCUCAACAGCCAGCUCCAACAACAACAGCAGCAGCUAGAGCAGCAAAAACAACAGUUGUUACAGCAGUCUCAGCAGCAGCAGCAUCAGCAACCACCACCGGCAGGUUUACCACCUGCCCCAAGCUUACCACCAGCUUCAGCAGCAGGGGGUCCCAUUCCAGGAGGGCAAGGUUUCCCUCCGCCCACCUUUGAUCCUUCUCAGCCACCCCCUGUAUUUUCCCAGCCACCCCCAGGGUUUCCCCCUGCUACAGCUGCUGGCCCGGCCCCAGGACUUCCCCCAGUUGACUUCAGUCAGGCCCCACCCCCACCUUUACCCCUCCCCCCUGGGGCUCUCCCAGACCUGAGCAGGCCACCCCCAGGUUUCCCAGGUCUACAGCCGCCCCUGUCACAGCCUCCCCCAGUGAUUACAGAUGCUGAUCUGAUGCCAACCAUGCCUUACUUUGAUCUGCCAGCUGGCCUCAUGGCACCACUGGUGAAGCUGGAGGACUGUGACUACAGACCACUUGAUCCCAAAAAUAUCCGUCUGCCUCCACCCAUGCCCCCUACAGACAGGCUCCUGGCGGCCGUGGAGGCCUUUUAUUCUCCACCCACACAUGAAAAUCCAAGGGAUAGUGAAGGAUGGGAAAAGCUUGGACUUUUAGAAUUUUUCAAAGCCAAGCAGCAAGCUAAAAAGAUGAGGCAAAAAGGAAAAAGAAAAAGAUCAAGAUCUCGAUCCAGAUCCAGAUCAAGAUCAAGGUCACCACAAUCAAGGUCACGAUCAAGAAGCAGGUCAAGGAGCAGAUCAAGGUCAGCCUCGCCCAGAAGAAGGAGAAAGCCCAGCAGGAGCCCAGAACCAACAGGGUCUCCAUUGCCCUAUCAGAGGUCUUCCAGGUCAAAGUCAAAGUCAAGGUCCAGAUCUAGGUCAAGGUCACCUUAUCAGAAGAAAUCCAGGUCACGAUCUCCAUCACCAGUAAGAAAAAGAAAGUCAAAGUCAAGGAGUCGUUCACCCGAAUUCAUUUAUACUGAGCCUUUCUAUACCUCCAAUCAGAAGCUGGGAGAAGAAAACAAGGGACACAUGCUGUUAAAGAAAAUGGGUUGGGGAGGGGCGGGGCUGGGGGCCUCAGAGCAGGGCAGGGUGGACCCUAUUGAUGCUGGGGAGGCCAGAGCUAAGGUAGACAUGUACAAAGGCAUAGGCAUGAACAUGCAGGAUCCAUUUGAACAGUUCAGGAAGAACAAGAGCCAAGGAUUCAUACAGAGAAUGAAGGCCAGGGAUACCUAAGAAAAAUUUGCUUCAAAUAGGACAGCGUUGAUGGCAAGGAAUUCAAGAUUUUAACAUAAAAAAGCUCAUGAUACAUCUUUCCAAGACUGCUCCAUUGUUAAAAACGGACAACUUCAUGACCAUGUCCAAGUAAAAAACAUUUGAAAGACUUCAGUGGUCAGCUUCUUAAUAUACAGCUUAUAAAUAACUUUGUGCAAAAAUAUCUGCAUGACCAUGUACAUAUUGUUUAAAUUUGUAUAAAAUAAAUCAUUCCAAAUAUGUA